CGGGAGAGCCAGAGUUGGAGAGAAAGAAGGGGGGAAAAAGAAGCUCCACUCGGGUUUGCCAGUGGUCGUGCACAGUCUUCCAACAUUUACUCGGUCCUCUUGUUUUUUUUUUUGUUUUUUUUUCCUCCUUUUCUUCUUCUCCGUUCGCACCCCCCCUUGUACAGCUCUUCUCUCUUUUUCUCUCUCUCUCUCUGACUCUUUUGCAGCUCAGAAUACAACCAAUACUACAUGCAGGUUUGCCAACCCAUUUUGUUUUUGAUGGAAACAUUUUUCUAAUAUUUUUUUGUAAACAAAGGAGAAUGUUUGGAUUUUUGACAAAUUGAUCAGUUUUUUUGCUCCAGUUAUAUAAAUGUAAUUUUUUGCACACCAGCGUCUCUGUUUUAUUUGAGUCGGUUGCACAGAGAUGGUUGAAAAACUUUUCUGCACUCUCCUUCCAUUGUGCUCUUGAGCAGCACCUAUUCCGCUCUCUGCUCUCGCUCCAGUACCUCUUGUGUUCCUGUGCUGGUAUUGCACUCUUCUUUUUCCGAUUUUCUCUCUCCCCCCUCGUCGCUUCUAUUGGACAGUGUCUCAGCUUCUGUUUUUGUUUGUUUUUUUUUUUCCUCGCUCCUUUGUUUUGUAAAAUUCACCGCAGCACUCCAACGCUCACCAGUCCCGUCACUGCGUUGGUUCUGGUCUGCAUUUUAAGUUUCCCCCACAGUCGAUGGAUUGAAUUUAUGAUGAAAGAGCGAAAUGGAUGAAUUCCACCCCUUCAUCGAGGCCCUUCUACCCCAUGUCCGCGCCUUUGCCUACACCUGGUUCAACCUGCAGGCCCGCAAGCGCAAGUACUUCAAGAAGCACGAGAAGCGCAUGUCCAAGGAGGAAGAGCGUGCGGUGAAGGAUGAGCUGCUCGGGGAGAAGCCAGAGAUUAAACAGAAGUGGGCCUCGCGCCUGCUGGCCAAGCUCCGCAAGGACAUCCGGCCCGAGUUCCGCGAGGACUUUGUGCUCACCAUUACAGGCAAAAAGCCCCCCUGCUGCGUGCUGUCCAAUCCUGACCAGAAGGGCAAGAUCCGUCGCAUCGACUGCCUGCGUCAGGCCGACAAGGUGUGGCGGCUGGACCUGGUGAUGGUCAUCCUGUUCAAGGGGAGUCCUCUAGAGAGCACGGACGGAGAGCGGCUUGUCAAGUCCCCACAGUGCACCAACCCUGGCCUGUGCGUCCAGCCGCACCACAUCGGAGUGUCCGUCAAGGAGCUGGACCUUUACCUUGCCUACUUUGUCCACACGCCAGAAUCUGGACAAUCAGACAGCUCCAGCCAACAGGGAGACACAGACAUCAAACCACCACCUAAUGGACACCUGAGUUUCCAGGACUGCUUCGUCACCUCAGGAGUGUGGAAUGUGGCUGAGCUUGUCAGAGUGUCACAGACUCCCGUAGCCACGGCGUCAGGGCCCAACUUCUCUCUGGCGGAGCUGGACAGCAGCCCCAGUUACUAUAACAUCAACCAGGUUGCUCUGACACGGCGCUCCCUCACCUCCCCUCCCUCCACCAGGUCUGAGGUGGAGUUGUACGCAAAUCUUCCACGGAGCUCCACCAAGAGGAAGUCCUUAGAUGACAGUGAGCUAGAGAGCCCCACAGAUGAUGUUUUUUAUCCUGGACGUUCACCUGCUGCCAGCUCCUCCCAGUCCAGUGCGUGGCCCAAUGACAUGGAUGCAGUGCAGCACCAUUUGGCGAGUGUGCAGGAGAGGAAGAUAAAACAUGAAAACGAUGGCGUGCAGUUUCCUUACCAUGGACUGUCCUCGCCUGGUUCACUUAAGAAGCCGGGGAAGUUUGAUUUCAACGCCCUGACUUCCCAGACGAGGUCUCCCCGCAUGGCGUUCACACACCACCCGCUGCCUGUGCUGGCAGGAGUGAGACCAGGGAGCCCUCGUGCCUCAGCCUCAGCCCUGCACUUCCCUUCCUCCUCUAUCAUCCAGCAGUCCAGCCCAUACUUCACCCAUCCCACCAUACGCUACCAUCACCAGGACCCGCUUAAGGAUUUUGUGCAGUUUGUUUGCACGGAUGGCACAGGGCAGCCCAGUGCACAGCCUAAUGGAGGUGGCCAGAGCAAAAUGCCGGGCUCCUUCCUGUUGCCCCCGCCACCCCCGGUGGCGCGCCCUGUGCCCCUCCCCAUGCCCGACUCUAAAACCUUCAGCACGCCCACUGACGGUGGACUCGGCUCACCCGCAUCUCCGUCAUACUCCACGGCAGGCUCCACAGCUCCCAACCGGUUUGUCGGCAUCGGAACACGGGACAACUUUCUGAAUAUCCCCCAGCAGACUCAGUCUUGGUUCCUCUGACAAGGCUUCUCUGAAUCAACAGCUAAACGUGUGUCAUGAAAAUUGGAAAUCUUGAAAAGCAAAACGCCACCCUCCCCUCCCCCCGCUGAUAAAGGACAAACUGCUGACACUAAAAAGGUCUUUCUCGCCAAACACUAUUGAAAGUACUACCACAGAACAUGGAAGAACCCAACCCCGCCCCGGGAGGACCCCCCCCAACAUGAUUCGAAUAGAACUGGUCGUCCCCUUUUCACAGAGGAGGCUCCAUCCAGAUCGAGCGGACAGACUCUGAACGCAGGGAAGAGGAAGAGGAGGAGCUGUCUCAGAAACACUUGGAAAAACGGCAGAAAGAAAACACAAUGUAAAAAAGAAAAAAAAAACAACAAAAAAAACCUGACAAAUGACCAAUUUAACAUUUGUUUAUCUUUCUUUUAUAUACAUAUAUAUUUCUUUUACAUUUUGUUGUCUCCACAAUGAAACUCCAUGCAUUGGCUGGGAGAUCCAAAAAAAAAUGAAUAAGUAACGGUGGAGUCGGAUGUGCAGGUUUAGAAGAUCACCACCCACAUUGCGUACAUGCAUUUCCGUGAAUUUUUUUCCGCAUAUCUCUCCUCCAUCUCGCCUUAACCCCCCCCACCCCUAUCCCCAUCAUAGCUGGAGCUCAAGAGUUAACCACAGCCUCAUACCUCUGGAGCCGCGCACUCUGCCGCUUGACUCGCUGAGCCCCCUUUCAUUACCGAUUGGCCAAUCAUGGUGACACCAUCUGAUGGUGUGACAUGUAUGCACUAAGUGGCUGGUCUUUGUUUACCUGUCGAAGAAUCAGGGCGUCCUGCUGGUGGGAGAAGUGAAAAUCACGAGGCGAUUGCAAGAAAGUGAAAACACAAUAGACAGUCCUAACACUAACUCUACAUGUGCUCUUUCGUCCCCUCACCUAUGCACUAUUAAUUCUCAAUAAGGGAUGAAUAAUGUUGCACAUCAGUGGCCAGAUGAGUGAUUGGAGAAGUGAGCAGAGGUCGGCCAUCCCUGUAGGGAUGAAGCUGUGGUAACAUCUUGGCCCCUGAAGGUGACACAAGCACGCAUACAAUCAAUCAAUCUAUUAUUCACCGACAGCAGCGCACAUACAGCAUCAGCUUCAGUUUAUUAGCUUUAAUUUUGUUUUUUCUUUUUGCUUUUUUUUCUUCUUGCAAUUUCUUUCAGAUUUGGUGUUUUGGGGUUUGUAUCACUUGGAUUGUUUUGCACCUUCUCUUGCAUGUCAUUACAACAUAGGUUUCUGUAGUUUGCAGUUAUUCAUUAGGUAGCACGCUCAGACCUUAGCGACAGUUUCUCAAACUUCUCAAAGACGGAAAGCACCGUGACAACAGCACAUCACAUGCAUCCCUUGCAUUGCUUCACACUGUAUCCCAAGUCACAUGAACAUCCAGUAGAAACACACACACACAUGAGAAAUGCACACUAAAACCACCGGCAACCCGGAUUAAAGGGAAGCCUUUUAAAUUUGGUUCUCCAAAACCGCCUUUGUUAAUGGUUUUUCAUUCAUUGUCUUUUUAAUUUGAACUAUUUUUAUGUAAAUGUUCACAUUAGAAUCACUGUUAUUUUUCAUCAUGACACGAUCCAACUAAAAAAGAAGCUGACCUCAUAAAAUAACUGGACUGCCGGGCUCUUGGUUCUGUUUUGCAGGGAUAGUAAACCGGGCUGAGAGCUCUCUCUCUGAGCCUCAAUAGAAACAUUAGCUCUAUGUACAGCAAGCCAGCGACAACAUAUGGAAGUGCCUCCUGUUAAUUUCUAAUUAACUUGACUUCAGGUUCUCUUCCCGUUUAUAAGCUAAAGCUACAGGGAACGUUUGGCCCAGGAUAGAUGUUCAUAGAGGACUGCAAACAUUUUUUUUUAUUUCUUAUAAAGACAGAGAGAUAAUAUACAUAUAUAUUUAUGAUGUAUGCUCUUUUUUCCACUUUUACUCCUCAAGCUUGUUGGCAGUCUAGUUAUUUUCUGAACUCUGAACCCCCCCUCAUACACACACAUACAAUCUGUGUCAGUAAGAUCGCCUUACUACUGCGAAUCAAAACGACACACAUCAUCGCCAUCUGCAUUUAUAAUACCUAGAUGAUCAUGUUGGGGGAAAAAAAUCGACCGUAGGUUUGAAGAAAAGUGUUUGUUUUUGAUGGAAAGUAUUAUUAUUGAAAAAUAUGUGUCGAUUGAGCCACGUGCAAUGCAUUGGGUAGAUCAUUGUGUUUGUCUGUUAGAGAUUUUUAAGAAAGCUACGAGAAAAGAGAAAAAAAAUAUGUAUUUGUUUCAAGUCCGUAAGCUCCGGGACUCUAAACUAGAGGGCCAUGAAAAAUCCUAGUCUUUGUAAGUUGGGGGUAUUUGUUUUUAUUUCUUUUGUCACUUUUUUUUUUUUUUAUGUUUUAUGUGUAAUCAUUUGUUUAUAAAAAUGUGGGAGGGUUGAAGGAAAAAAAUAAUAAUAAUCUACCAAGCUUCAAAACAGAAACUAUCAGAUGAAAACUGGUGCUUUAACACUAUAAAUUCAGAUUCCUUGUCAGAACUAUUCUAAAUGAACAAAAAUAACAGACCGUGUAGGCAAACAGCAUUACUUCUCUCUCUCUUUGUAUCUUCUCUUUGUAUCUAGUGUGGGGAGAGGUUCCUGUCCCUUCAGGUUGGGUCACAAAAGGCAAUCUGGUUCAGCCUUCAGACAGAAACGUAUCCUAAACAGAGAACUUAGCCAUGCACUGCCUGAAACUCACCAGCAAAACCAAUCAACUCCCCGCUUUCACUCCCCUCCCGACAAAUAUUGGCAAAAAAAAAGAUUUAAAAAAGACUCCCCUCCUCCUGAUGCUUCACAUCCAUCUCCUUUUUUUGGUUUGUUUCGUGAAUCCAUUGUGGAAAUCAGAGUUCUGAUGUUGGAUGCUGAACUCGUGUACAGGUAACAGAAGAAAUGGGGCAAAAUAGCAUCUAAUCAGGCAAAAAUAUGAGCCGUUUCUAAAGCAGUCAGCAAGGUGAGCCUCUCCCCGUCCCUUUCCACUCCCUCCUUUGUAAAUGAUGGCUCUUAUAGUGCUUGUGCCGUAGUGUAUAGUUUCCCAGCUGUAAAGGUUGUCCCUUGAAAGUGCCUUUUGUUCACAGACUCCAUUUUGUAAUUGAAAAAUGCCCCUUUUUGUGUUUUUUUUGGGGGGUUCUUUUGUUUUUUUAAAUGGCUUUAGGUAGCAGGUUGCCCCUGAGUGUCACAAGGCAGCUAAAGGUUGCUGCCCAAUCAGCGCUCAGGGAAAAACUCCUCCCUCUGGCUGUGAAAUGAACCCUGCCAUUCAUUCUCCCUCCCCCUUUAUCCUUCCUUCAUUUUCAAAGCUGUGUAUCUAUAUGUCUAUAAUAUAUAUAUAGAUAUGCGCCUUUGUAAAGUACAAAAGACAAAACUGGUGUGAAUUAGUUCUUUACUUUUUAUUGAUAAAUGAUGAAAAAAAAAUUUAAAUAAGCAAAAAAAAAGAAAAAAGAAACUUGUUCUUGUUCAACUCUUGCUUUUGUUUUCUUUUCCUCUGUCUCCACUGUCUGUUUUCUCUUAGACACUGGAGUAGUCUGUAACUGUGUCCGUCACUCUCCGUCUCCCUCGCUCGCUCUCUCCUUCUCCCCCCCGCCCAAUCCGCUGUGGCGAAGGGUAAACAUAGAAAAAGAAAAAAAAUUAGAAAAAAAAUAUUUGCAGAGGAACUUUUUUUGUCUGAGCAGAAUGCAGUUAGCUCACAUGUUAUUCUUGUCUGUAUGCUUCACAUUGUAUUACCAUACCCAUCUUCUUCAGCUUCUCCAUUCAGCAGCUAAUGUAAGUGAACAAAUUACGCUGACGGGCUUUUGGGGGUGUCCUUGGGUUGGCUCCUGGAGGGUGUGUGUUGGGGAGAGGUUUACAGAGAAGACUGAUGGGGUCGAGAGGGCUGAACAAGUGAUUCGGGACGUUUGAUAGGGGCUGCUCAAGCUAGGAUGACUUUGAUCUUUAGUUUUAGCUAUUUAUAUUUCGGCUUUGUUCCCCCCUUUUUGUUACCUUUUAAUUAGGAUUUAUCUUCUUAUUUGCUAUCAGGGUAUGCUGUCAUUUAGGCUCCCUCUGAGGAGGCUUCGAACUGUAAAAUUAAAGCACCUUAUUACCGGAAACGUCCCACAUGAGGCUGAAAGGGGUGGUUUUAUUUCCUUACAAACUCAUAUCAAUUCUAACCAAACUCUUCAUAGAAAGGUGUUGUUGUUUACGGCGGGUUCCACGCUGUGAAACCCUCAGCAGUAUUAGCCACAUAGCACGCAACAGCCAGAUCGCCUAAAACUCCUCUAAGAGCCUGACCUCUCACCUCUGAGGGCGUCCAGGGAAAUCCCUCCACGCUUCGCCUCUGACCACCUCAUGCUGGACCGAUCCGUGUCUUUUGUCCUGUUGUUUUAUUUUAGUCUUCUGAUCUUCUGAAACGUGUUUGGUUACUGGUGAAAUAGGCGGCCCCCCCACCACAGUGCCCCAUUGACCCCUUGAUUCCCAGCUCUUCUACAACCCCUGUGAGUAUCCUCAGUGCAGCCCCCCCCCCCCCCCCCCCUUCUUUGUAAGAACACCCCCAGAGCUCUAGGUGAAAUGCAUGUGUUAAUUACAGUUUCUUUUCCAUAAGAAGAAAAACACAGUUUGAGAAGAGCAGCACCUGAUUGAAUAAAAAGGAUGUUCUUGACUGUA